CCAGCUGCAGACGGGCGCUGCUCUGCUCGGCGCGGCGGGCGGAGGCGGUCGAGCUGGCGGAUGCCGCCGGGGUGCCGCGAGCGACGAUGCGCCCGGGGCUCCGCGGCGCGCUCCGGCUGCUCCAGCUGCUCUGGUGGCCCCUGGACUUCUCGACGGCCAGCAGCCAGGCGGGGGACGGUUGUGGUCAUUCAGUGCUCACAUCUUACAGUGGGACUUUGUCCUCCAAGAACUUUCCAGGCACAUAUCCAAACUCCACUUCUUGUGAGUGGCAAAUUCACGGAGCAGCCGGAAGCCACCUCAGCCUGGCCUUUGGAGACAUGGACAUUGAAGCCUCUGAACAAUGCAAAUAUGGCUUCUUGUUGCUUUCAUCUCCCUCAGAUGGUUCCAGAUUUGGUCCAUACUGUGGCAAUGCACAUUCUCCACGCACCGUCUUGGUGAUGAAUUCCACCACCAUAACCAUCUUGUUCAAUAGCACAAAGCAUCACUCAGGUCGUGGCUUCCUUCUUUCUUAUGCCAGUGGCAACCAGUCAGAUUUGAUUUCGUGCUUGCAAAAAGGUAUCCAUUAUAACACAGAACAAAUCAGAGCUUAUUGUCCUGCAGGCUGCAAGGGAGUGACGGGUGACAUCUGGGGAAAUCUGAACCAAGGAUACCGAGAUACAUCUGUUCUCUGCAAAGCAGCUGUCCAUGCUGGGGUGAUCUUAGAUGAACAGGGAGGACCAAUUGUGGUAUCGCGAGAGAAAGGAGUAACUCUUUACAAAUCCAGUUUCGCCAACGGACUGCAUUCAAAAAGGGGAUCAUUAUCAGAAAAGCGCCUUAUCUUUCACAAAGAUUGUGCCAGUGCUUUGGAAAUAGCCAGCUUCAAUGCUUCAUCCUACUGGCAAGAACAGAAUGUCCUGGGGGACCAUCAAGCUUGGGCAGCUGAGCGAGCGGCUUUUGCUACUGAUGGUUCCUCUUGGGCAGCAGAUCACAGCUCUGCAAAUGAGUGGCUGGAAAUAGAUUUGGGUGGAAAGAGCAACAUCACAGGAAUUAUCACCAAGGGGUCUUCCCCUAAAUACAAUUACUACAUCAAAUCCUACCAGGUUCAGUUCAGCAGAGAUGGCAGGAACUGGAAAAUCUACAAAUCCAGCAGCACCAAUGAGGAAAAGAUCUUUGAAGGCAACAGUGACAACUACCAGGAAGUCUCCAACACCUUUAUCCCACCCAUCCUGGCCCGCUACCUGCGUGUUGUACCCCAGAGCUGGAACCAGAGAGCUGCUCUGAAAGUAGGGGUGCUGGGAUGCAAAACCCAGAAAUACGUUGACACUGAAGGUCACAGUAACCCCAAGGGGUUCCCCGGUGUGACCAACACCCCAUCCAUUUUCACUACAAACCCAGGAAUAGUGUUCAGUCCAGAAAAAACAGGUUCCCCAUUACUGGCGAUGCUCCUGACUGGAGGUUCGCUCCUGGUUGCUGCAACUGUCUUGCUGCUGGUGUUCCUCUGUCGUAAGAAGAGGAAGGCACCAACCCAGAAUGACGGCAGCUUCAUCAAAGGUGACUUGAUACCAGAAGCCAGCCAGGUAUGUUCCAGGGGGAACUUGCAACUAUCUGCCUCUGAAAUUGCCUCCUUUCCUGGGCCAGCAACACCAGUAGAUCUUAUUGGAGCUCAGUCACCAGAAUAUGCCGAGCCAGACUUGGUUCAGGUCAGCCCCAGCUGCCAGGCGGCCCAGUCCACCUUCAAGCCUGCCGUGGACGAAGGUUACACGCUCCCACUGGUGGCCAAUCCCUACAACGUGCCGGGCAGGCAGCACGAGUACACCGAACCCUUGCCGCUGGAGCCCGAAUACGCCACCCCUUUCAUCGAGCAGCCUGCAGGGCUGGAGAGAGGCCCUUGCAGGAUGAACUUCUGUGCCAAAAUGCUCCCUUUCUCCCAAAGCCUGGGGGGCGCCCUAGCCCCACUGGGGGCCCCCAAAGCCUCACUGCAAUAUGACUUCCCAACUCAGUGGCCGGUGGAGAAGCUGGACAGCCGAGUGGGUGAGGCUGGCCAGCAGGAAGGGUCCGUCCAAACUGACCCUCGCUGCCCGCGUCCUCCAAGCCCAGGAGAGAGGGCCCGUAUGGCCUCGUUGCAGAGCCACUAUUUCCAACAGAGGAACUCCCCCUAUGAACAUGUCUAUCACAAGCCCUUGUGAGCCCUGCAGACGCCCACUCCUGUGGCUGUGAAAAAGGCGGUCCCUGUUGAAUGACCCAAAGCUUCAUGCCAAGUUCAGCUCAAGUUCAAAAUUGUGCGACUCGUCAUGGCUCUUCCAUGUCGUAGGCAAGAGGUCUGGCCAACCAGUUGCUGCCCAAUCCUUUUUUAAAGCAAGGAUAUACUCCAGUAGUUAAAGCUGGGACCUUCUUCCUAUGGAAUUUGCAUUCAGCUCCUUGCUGUGCUCCUAGGCUGGCCCAGUUGUUUUGCAAAGAAGAUGAUGCCACCGUGUCUCCUUCAAGGGGCAAACAUUGACCAGCGAGGGGAUUAAAUCUUCCUUGGAUGCUGCUGAUGGAACUGUAUUUUCCAGUGCAGACUAGGUUGGGAACACAGGACAACUGGACAGGCACACAAUUUUUCCUCCCCACAUAUUUUGCUACCUCCUAGGAUUUGCCACCUGAGGACACCGCCUCACUCUACCUAAUGGCAGGUCCAGCUGAUACUUCUGCAAAGGACAGUGGUUCAGUUUAUCCUGAUUACCUUCUGUACCCAGGCUGGGGAACUUUCCAACUAAGACUCAAGUUGUUAAAUUCAGGAGAAUGACAAGUACCCCAACAGUCCUUGGUUGCCCGCACCAUAGUCCAAAAACAACAGUGAGGAGUGGGGGCGAUGAAUUGCAUCUAUCAUUUCUUUUGGCUCCAUUGCAGAUAUAAUUAUUAAUGACCCAAGCGCAUCAUGAUUUGAGAGUCCCAGAUGGAAGGAAAGAGCCAAACUUCAUUCUGGGGAGCUCAUUAAACUUACUUUCUAUUAUUCCCUUGAAAAAUAUUUUGUAACUGAAUUUUAAAAACCUGCUUUUUUUUCCGUCUUCCCCGCCAUCUAUUACUAACAAAUCCACUUUUGAGUUGUUAAUAUUUGUUCCUAUUCAGAAAUGAAAAAUCAAAAGGUUUCCCUAUGUGUAGACAAAAUGUGCAUUAAUGCCCAAAUGCAGUUUAAUGCCCAAAUGUAAACAUCAAUAUCCACGAGAGAUUUCCAAGAAAGAGGACCUGACAGCUUGUGUGAUCAUUACAAGCUUUAUUAAAGGUAAAUACAGGAGUAAACACACAAUACUCCCUGGGACAGACAACAUGUAUGCAUGCUGUGGCUAGUCUGUGCCAAGGGGCUGGUUUGUAAAACUUUUAUAACCACUUGCAAAACAAAAUGUAUGAGAGCUUACUGGUGAAAUGCCCUUCCUGUGAACCCCUCAGUGUCUCUGCACCUGGCAUUACCUCAGUGUGCAUUCCCAGAUACAGUGGGUGCCGUGCUGUGCAUCUUAUUUUUUAUACUAAAAAUUCAUGCAGUGGUUAAA